AUGGCCUCGAGCUCGGGGGGCUCACGCUCCAUGGUGCUGCCGACGGCACUGCCGCCACGUGCCCCCCGGCGGACAGGGCAGAGGGCGAUGUGCGGCGGUCACCCGCCUGGCGGCAAGCCGGGGCAGCAGCGCAGCGCAGGCAGCGGCGUGGAUGGGCCCGAUGCCGCACCGCUGGCGGCACUCGCACCAGUGACGCUGCACCUGUACGACGUCACAGGCAGCGGGGCUGUGAGGCAUUUGAACGGGCUGUUCACCAGGGCAGGCAUGGGCGUCGGCGCGUUUCAUGCUGGCGUGGAGAUCUUCCAGCGUGAGUGGAGUUUCGGGUUUUGUGAGGGAGGCGGCUCUGGUGUAUUCGACUGCCAGCCUCGCGGAUGCAGCGUGCACACGUACCGGGAGUCCAUCGAUAUUGGUUCAUGCGGCGCAGACGAAGACACCGUCUUAGCAUUGAUCAGUGAGCUCUCGGCCGAGUGGAGUGGCGAGGACUACGACCUCAUCCGGCGCAAUUGCUGCCACUUCUGCGCGCGUCUGGCAGAGCUCCUGGGGGCUGGCCCGAUACCACAGCGCGUCCUGAGCCUCGCCGCGGCUGGCGCCGCGGUGGACGACGGUGUCCACGCCGUGCUUAGCGGGGCGGACCAGAUCACGACUGAGGCGAUAGCUGGGGCUGGACAGUUGGACAGUCGCUACCGCGUCACGGCCACGGCUGGGGAGCUGGCCGCUGGCGCGCUAGCGAAAGCCAGCACUCUGGACGAGCAGUACAGGGUGAGGGCCACGGCAGGAGCGCUGGCGAGCGAGGCCUGGGCUGGCGCAGAGAAGCUGGAGGAGGAGUACCACGUCGUUUCCGGCACCGGCGCGCUCGCGGCAGACGCCGCCGACAGGGCGACGGCGCUGGUAGCUGGCGCAAUCCAGCGGGCGUGCGCAGAGGCGUCCGACAUCGACGAGAGGUACCAGGUCACACAGAUGGCGGGGCAGCUCGCGUCUGGCCUGGUGACUCGUGUUGGGAGCCUGGACGAGGACUACCUCGUGUCGGGGCUCGUGUCCUCUGCCGUGGACAGGCUGGGCCUGGCCGCGGCCCAGGUGGCGGAGCAGGCGCCUCUCUGGAUGGAGCAGGCGAUGCAGCUCAGCGCGGCGCCGCCCACUCAGCGCUGUUCCAUGCAGCCAGC